CUUAUUUAUAAUAAAAUAUAAUAUAACAUAAAAAAAUAAAGAAAAAAAGUUAGUGGUAGAUCCAAUCAUCCAAGUAUUAAAAAAUAGCGAGAAAUGGUUGUUGAAAAUCUGCUGCGUUUAGGCAUUGCUCGCUUUCUGUGCAUCCCGCUCUCUGUAACCGUCGUCCUCUCCUCCUCUCUUCCCUUUCAGACGCCUCUUACUUCCUCCGCGGCGGCGUCACUCUCUCACCACCACCACCAGCGCCGUCGACUCUCUUCCGGUUACUCCAUGAACUCUCAGCAGCUGUCGCAGUCUCAGUCUCCGCCUCCUCCGGUGGCCAAGAAGGUGGAGCACAAGAUGGAGAUGUUCGGCGACGUCAGGAUCGACAACUACUACUGGCUCCGCGACGAUUCCCGCACCAAUCCCGAAGUGCUCUCAUACCUCAAAGAAGAGAAUGGAUACACCGAUUCCAUCAUGUCCGGAACCAAGAAACUCGAAGAACAGCUUUUUGCUGAGAUAAGAGGGAGGAUUAAGGAGGAUGAUGUCUCUGCACCAAUACGCAAAGGACCUUACUACUAUUACGAAAAAACUUUGGAAGGGAAGGAGUAUGUUCAACAUUGUAGGCGCCUUAUACCUGAAAACCAAAAGGUGCCAUCAGUGUAUGAUACCAUGCCCACUGGACCUGAAGCUCCUCAGGAGCAUGUUAUUUUGGAUGAGAACAUCAAGGCACAACAACACGGUUACUACAGUAUUGGUGCUUUUAAGGUUAGCCCAAAUAGCAAGUUGGUAGCGUAUGCUGAAGACACCAAAGGAAACGAAAUAUAUACUGUCUACGUCAUUGAUGCUGAGACACAAGCUCCUAUUGGAGAGCCUCUUGUUGGUCUAACACCAUACGUUCAAUGGGCUGGUGAUAAUGCUCUGGUUUACAUCACGAUGGAUGAGAUUCUCAGACCUGAUAAGGCAUGGCUUCAUGUGUUGGGGGAAGAUCAAUCAAAGGAUACUUGUCUUUAUGUAGAAAAGGAUGAUAUGUUUUCACUUGACCUUUAUGCUUCUGAAAGCAAGAAAUACUUGUUUGUUGCAUCGGAAAGCAAAAACACAAGAUUCAAUUUUUAUCUGGAUGUUUCCAAACCUGAAGAGGGUCUUAAAGUUCUCACACCACGUGUUGAUGGUAUUGACACAACUGUCAGCCAUCGUGGUGAUCAUUUCUUUAUUAAAAGGAGAAGUGGUCAAUUUUUCAAUUCUGAGGUGGUAGCUUGUCCUGUUGAUAACACCUCCUCAACUACGGUUCUUCUUCCCCACAGGGAAAGUGUAAAAAUUCAGGAGAUACAACUGUUUAGUGAUAAUCUUGUUUCAUAUGAGAGAGAAGAUGGUCUACCAAAAAUAAUAGUUUAUCGCCUUCCACCUACUGGUGAACCACUAACAAGCCUUCAAGAUGGUCAAGCAGUUAGCUUUGUUGAUCCAGUAUACUCUGUGGAAUCUUCAUAUUCAGAGUUCUCAUCAAGUAUCUUGCGGUUUUCAUAUAGCUCCUUGAAGACUCCUAAGUCCGUAUAUGAUUAUGACAUGAAAGCAGGCAUUUCAGUUUUAAAGAAGAUUGACCCCGUUUUGGGUAGGUUUGAUUCUACCCAUUAUGUCACUGAAAGAAGGUGGGCACCUGCUUCAGAUGGAACUUUGAUUCCCAUAUCAAUUGUUUAUCGAAAAGACCUUGUGAAACUUGAUGGAUCUGAUCCAUUACUACUUUAUGGUUAUGGCUCUUAUGAGUAUUGUUUGGAUCCCAGCUUCAGUUCUUCAAGGCUUUCUUUGUUAGAUCGGGGAUUUAUAUAUGUUAUAGCUCAUAUACGUGGAGGUGGAGAAAUGGGGAGGCCGUGGUAUGAGAAUGGGAAAUUUCUGAAGAAAAAGAACACUUUCACUGAUUUUAUUGCUUGUGCUGAAUAUUUGAUUGAGAACAAAUUCUGUUCUAAGGAAAGACUGUGCAUUGAGGGAAGAAGUGCUGGGGGUUUGCUAAUUGGUGCAGUUCUUAAUAUGAGACCAGAUUUAUUCAAGGCAGCUGUUGCUGGAGUACCUUUUGUGGAUGUUUUGACAACUAUGCUUGAUCCAACUAUUCCCCUCACCACUUCAGAAUGGGAGGAAUGGGGUGACCCUAGGAAGGAAGAAUUUUACUUCUACAUGAAGUCAUAUUCCCCCGUGGAUGAUGUGAAGGCACAGAAUUAUCCACACAUUCUUGUCACUGCUGGAUUAAAUGACCCACGGGUUAUGUAUUCUGAACCUUCGAAGUUUGUGGCAAAGAUGAGGGAUAUGAAGACUGAUGAUAACAUAUUGCUUUUUAAAUGCGAACUUGGUGCUGGCCAUUUUUCAAAGUCGGGGAGAUUUGAGAAGCUCCAAGAAGAUGCCUUCACUUAUAUCUUCAUCCUGAAGGCUCUAAAUAUGACGAACGAGCUCAAGUUUUGAAAUCCACGAGGCAUGGAUGCGGUUAAAGAGAAGGAGCAAAAUACUUCCUUUCUAGGCUUCAUAAAUAACAUGUCAGACAUUUGGGUCCCGUGUUAGGCAUUUGCAUUGCCGACAACUAUUGGAUUUUCAUUGAUAAAUGAUAAAAUCCCAAAUAAUAUUGUUUUCAACCGACUCAUGAA